CCUCAGCUGCGUGUGUCUGUCCGCAGACGAUCUUGGUCUGAUGAGAGCCGUCGGUCGGUGCAGCUCUAACCGGAGAAGCGCAGCGGCAGGAUGGGGAAGAAACAGAAGAAGAGCGGGGAGGACAGUGCCAAAGGUGAUGACAUCGACAUUGAUGCUCUGGCAGCAGAGAUUGAAGGAGCUGGAGCUUCUAAAGAACCUAAAGGAAAGAAGAACAAGAAGAAAGGAGCCAAGAAAGAUGACUUUGAUGAGGACGACAUCCUGAAGGAGUUGGAGGAGUUGACUCUGGAGACGCACGGAGGAAAGAAACUGGACGUCACAGAGGAGGCGGAGCCUGUCGAGCCGCUGAAACCAGAGAAGAAGAAGACCAGGAAGGGCAAGAAGGGCGGAGCCAGUCCUGAAGAUGAGGAGGGCGAUGAAGGUCAGGCAGACGCAGAACAGAAGGAGAAGAAGAAGGUCGCUUUUGAAGCUCCGCCCUCUGACUCUGACGACAACGACAGCAGCUCACGUUCUCACCUCAAGACCAAAGGAGGAAAGAAAGGAGGGAGAGGGGGGUCAGUGUCGGACGAGGAGGAGGAGGACGAAGGAGUAAAGAGAGGAGGAGGAGAGGAGGAGGAGUGUGACGACGAUGACGAGUUCACGUCCAGGAGAGAGCAGAAGAAGAAGAGCAAAGGGAAGGCGGCCAAGGCAGACAGUGAUGACAUGGAGGAGGAGCAGGGAGGGGGCGGAGACUUCAAGAUGAAGACGGCGGCGCAAAAGAAGGCGGAGAAGAAGGAGAGGGACAAGAAGAAGAAGGAGGAGGAGAGGAUGAAGCAGAGGAAGCUCAAAGAGAAAGAGGGCGGCGAGGUGGCCAAGAAGGAGCCAGAGAAGAACGCAGAGGCCACGCCCCCUCAAGUCACAGCACCUGCCGCAGCAGAGGCGGAGGAACAGGAAGAGGCGGAGCCAGCUGCUGAGGAGGAGGGCGAAGGUGACAAGAAGAAGAAGGACAAGAAGAAGAAGAAGGGAGAGAAGGAGAAGGAGGAGGAGAAGAAGAAGAAGGGACCCAGCAAAGCCACAGUCAAGGCCAUGCAGGAGGCGCUGGCCCAGAUGAAAGAGGAGGAGGAGCGAGCCAGACAAGAGGAGGAGGAGCGACUGAAGAGGCUGGAGGAGCUGGAGAAGCAGCGGCUGGAGCAGGAGCGCCUGGAGCAGGAGCGCAAGGAGAAGAAGAAGCAGAAGGAGAAGGAGAGGAAGGAGCGGCUGAAGAAAGAGGGGAAGCUGCUCACCAAAUCCCAGAGGGAGGCUCGAGCUCGCGCUGAGGCCACGCUCAAACUGUUGCAGGCUCAGGGUGUUGAAGUGCCAUCCAAAGACUCUGUGCCAAAGAAGAAACCAGUUUAUGGAGACAAGAGGAAGAAGAAGCCCACUGCUGCUUCUCCUGAAGAAACAUCAGUGGUCACGUCACCAACGCCAGAGACUCCCGAGCCGGUCGCCAAGGAGACGGAGGCCAAGACACCGGCUGCACAGCCAGAAGUGAAGCCUGAAGCUGCCGUGGACGACUGGGAGGCCAUCGUCAGUGAUGAGGAGAAAGAGCUGAAGAAAGUUCACAUUGAGGUGAAGGAGGACACGGAGGCGCCUCCUCGGACGGCGGCCAGUGACGACGGCGAGGAGGACAAUGACGGAGACGAGGAGGACGAUGACGACGACGAGGAGGAAGAGGAAGAAAGCGAGGAGGAAAAGGAGUCGACACCAACGGCGGCUCGCGGCAAGAGGAAGGAGAGCGAGGCCGAAAGCAGCGAGAGCGAAGAUGAUGACGGGAUGACGAAGGAGGAGCGACUGUACGACCGCGCCAAGAGGAGGAUAGAGAAACGGAGGGCGGAGAAUCUGAGGAACACGGACACGGAAAAGUUAAGAGCUCCAGUGGUGUGUGUGCUUGGACACGUCGACACCGGCAAGACCAAGAUCCUCGACAAGCUGCGACACACUAACGUGCAGGACGGUGAGGCUGGAGGAAUCACUCAGCAGAUCGGAGCCACAAAUGUCCCCAAGGAGACGAUCGAGGAGCAAACGAGGAUGGUUAAGAACUUUGAAACAGAAAACAUCAGGAUUCCCGGCAUGUUGAUCAUUGACACACCAGGACACGAGUCCUUCAGUAACCUGAGGAACAGAGGCAGCUCUCUGUGUGACAUCGCCAUCCUGGUGGUGGACAUCAUGCACGGUCUGGAGCCUCAGACGCUGGAGUCCAUCAACCUGCUGAAGGAGAAGAAGUGUCCCUUCAUCGUCGCCCUCAACAAGGUCGACCGUCUGUAUGACUGGAAGAAGAGUCCGGACACGGACGUCGCGACCACGCUGAAGAAGCAGAAGAAAAACACCAAGGACGAGUUUGACGAGCGAGCCAAGGCCAUCAUCGUGGAGUUCGCCCAGCAGGGUCUUAACGCCGCGUUGUUCUUCGAGAACAAAGACCCUCGGACGUUCGUGUCGUUGGUUCCGACCUCGGCCCACAGUGGUGACGGGAUGGGAAACCUCAUCGCUCUGUUGGUGGAGCUCACACAGACCAUGUUAGCACGCCGGCUAGCACACUGUGACGAGCUGCGAGCUCAGGUCAUGGAGGUGAAAGCUCUUCCUGGGAUGGGAACGACGAUUGACGUCAUCCUCAUCAACGGACGUCUGCGGGAGGGAGAGACCAUUAUUGUCCCGGGGGUGGAAGGACCAAUCAUAACGCAGAUUAGAGGUUUGCUGCUGCCUCCGCCUCUAAAAGAGCUCAGAGUCAAGAGUCAGUAUGAGAAGCACAAGGAGGUGUCGACAUCUCAGGGUGUGAAGAUUCUGGGUAAAGACCUGGAGAAGACGUUGGCGGGCCUCCCCCUGUUGGUGGCUCACAAGGACGACGAGAUCCCCGUGCUGAGGGAUGAACUGAUUCGUGAACUCAAACAAACUCUGAACUCCAUCAAACUGGAGGAGAAAGGAGUUUAUGUUCAGGCGUCAACUCUGGGUUCACUGGAGGCUCUGCUGGAGUUCCUGAGGACGUCCAAAGUCCCCUAUGCUGGUAUCAACAUUGGUCCAGUCCAUAAGAGGGACGUGAUGAAGGCGUCCACCAUGUUGGAACACGACCCUCAGUACGCCGCCAUCCUGGCCUUUGACGUGAAGGUGGAGAGGGAGAGUCAGGAAAUGGCCGACAGUCUGGGAGUUCGUGUCUUCUCAGCUGAGAUCAUCUACCAUCUGUUUGACGCCUUCACCAAGUACAGAGAGGACUACAAGAAGUCCAAGCAGGACGAGUUCAAGAACAUUGCUGUGUUUCCAGUCAAACUUCGAGUUCUUCCUCAGUUCAUCUUUAACUCCAGAGAUCCCAUCGUCAUGGGUGUGUGUGUGGACGCUGGAGUCUUGAAGCAGGGGACGCCGCUCUGUGUCCCCAGCAAAGGAUUUGUGGACAUCGGUGUGGUGACGAGCAUCGAGAUGAACCAUAAAUCCGUUGACAGCGCUAAGAAAGGUCAGGAGAUCUGCAUCAAGAUCGAGCCCAUUCCCGGCGAGUCCCCCAAGAUGUUUGGCCGCCAUUUUGAAGCCACCGACAUCAUGGUCAGCAAGAUCACGCGGGCGUCGAUCGACGCGCUGAAGAACUGGUUCAGAGACGAGAUGCAGAAAUCUGACUGGCAGCUGAUCGUCGAGCUGAAGAAGACUUUCGAGAUUAUCUGAGGGACCACACAAACACACACACAGACUUCCUCAGAUUACAGGAAAGGAAAAUAAUUAAAAAAAAACAAGACGUGAAAGUGUUUUUCUGUGAGAAACGAACCGUUUUUACCACUGUUGUAAACAGUGAUAGUUUAGACAUCACACACAGAUACACACACACUCAGUAUUCCAGCGUGCCUGUUCUCCAGCAACUACGUUGUUUAUUUUUUUUCUUCUUCUUCCCUGUGGCUCCUCCUUCAUUUCCCAGGCUCCACCCCCCAUCCCUCCAGGUGCAUUAUGGGAUCGUACAGAGGAAAUAAAUAAAUUGAAAAAAAAAAAAA